CAAGGAUUAGCAGAGUAAUGCUGGAACCUCCAAGGGCAGAAAAUUUACUAUCGUCAAAUUAAUUACCAGUGACACAGUGUAUAACUGCGCCACACGCGGGAUGACGUAGAAUCGGGAUAUAAAAUUUCUUGGUAAUAUUAUACAUAUCUUAACAACUUAGUCUUCUCGAUGUCAGUAACACUUCAUACAGAACUAGGAGAUCUUAAAAUUGAAGUAUUCUGUGAGGCAGUACCAAAAACUGCCGAGAAUUUUUUAGCAUUGUGUGCAAGUGGAUUCUAUGACAACAAUUUAUUUCACAGAAAUAUCAAAGGAUUUAUAGUACAGACAGGAGAUCCUACAGGAACUGGUAAAAGUGGGACUUCAAUUUGGGGAAAGAAAUUUGAAGAUGAAAUUAAAUCUUCCUUAAAGCACAAUUCACGAGGUAUAGUUUCUAUGGCAAAUAGUGGCCCUGAUACAAAUGGAUCCCAAUUUUUUAUAACAUAUACUAAAUUACCUAGCUUAGAUACAAAGAAUACCGUAUUUGGAAAGGUUAUUGAUGGAUCAGAUACAACAUUAGAUGCUAUUGAGAAAGUACCUGUUGAUGAGAAAUAUAGACCUAUUCAAGAUAUUAGAAUUAAAUCUGUUACAAUUCAUGCAAAUCCUCUUGCUGACGGAGAUUAUUAGUUUAUUCUUAAAUAAAUUAAGGAGUUUAUAAAUGAGUGAUUAAAAUAAUUUUCCAUUAUUAGCUUCAUAACAAAUUAAUAUAUGUAUUAGCAGUUAGGAGAAAAUCAUCUAUCAGAUGAAGUUAAUUAAAUUGAAAAUUUUGAACUACUGACAUUAUAAAAAUUAUAUGACUCAAUGCGAUACAGUAGUUCAGUCCGUUAAUUCAAUUUAUUAAAUAAAAAGUGGGACGAAAAUUAUUGCUAAGAAUAAGUGGAAUAAGCGUUCGCAAGGAGCAAUAAACU